UCGACAUGGUCUGAAACUGAUGUUGUUAUUAGAAGUAAUAUCUGGAGAACAGCUACCCAAACCUGACCGAGGCAAAAUGAGGUUCCAUAAAAUAGCCAAUGUAAAUAAAGCUUUAGAUUAUAUCGCCAGUAAAGGUGUGAAACUUGUAUCCAUAGGUGCUGAA